GAAUGCUAAGAACACCUAAGGUCAAAUGCAUGCCCUUAACCUAUCAUAUCACCAAAACAUAAAAAUUCAAACAAAACUAAGUUAUAUUAACCAUUCAUCACCACCACCAACAACACAGCAAAACCACCAGUCUAAGUCCACACUCUUCAUCCUCUCUCCUUUACAAAUAUAUAUCCAUCUACCCUCUCUUCUGCCAUUUGUCAGAGCUUCCAUCCCUUCUUUUUCUCUCUCUCAUCACAACCUCAAGGACUUCACAAAGAAACAAACUAUGCGAAAACCUUGCUGUGACAAAGAAAACAUCAAUAAAGGAGCAUGGUCUAAGCAAGAAGAUCAAAAGCUCAUUGAUUACAUCAGAGUUCAUGGUGAAGGUUGUUGGCGUUCCAUUCCCAAAGCUGCUGGGUUGCAUCGUUGUGGCAAAAGCUGCAGGCUCAGAUGGUUAAACUAUUUGCGACCAGAUAUCAAACGUGGAAUCUUUGCUGAAGAUGAAGAAGACCUUAUCAUCAAACUCCAUGCCCUCCUUGGUAACAGGUGGUCACUCAUUGCUGGAAGAUUGCCCGGAAGAACAGACAAUGAGGUGAAGAACUAUUGGAAUUCUCACAUCCGAAGAAAACUGAUAAAGAUGGGAAUUGAUCCAAAUAACCAUAAGCCACACCAAAGUUUUUCUCGUCCUCAUGCUUCUUCUGCCGAGGCUGCAUCAACAUCCGAGUCCAUGAAUAAUAAAGUUCCUGUCUUCAAAUCUCCACUUGCUGCCACUCAUCAUAGGAUUUCCUUCACAGAACAAGAAUCAGCAAUAAUUUCGUCACCCUCUUUGAAUCUUGACCUAACAAUUGCUUUACCUUCUUCUUUGAUUGGUGCUUUGGAAGACAAGCCAGUACAAAAUUCCGAGUCCACCAAUACACUGGACAUGGAAAUAGAUCUCAACUGUUAGCACAUGUUGCCAAGUGUUAUACCAGUAGUAGUAGUGCAUGUUUGUUACAGAAUAUAUAAUUUUGAAAAAAUAAUAAUUUUUUAAAAGCACUUAAAAAGAAGCUUUAAGAUUUUAUUAUCUUUUUAAAAUAAAGUCGUAUUUAAUACACCAAAUAAUGCACUACAAUACUAGACAAGGAAAUCUUAGGGAAGAUUAUUGGAGGAUUUAACAUGAGUUUUAUAUUUGUAUAUUCAUAAUAUUGAUGACCUAAAAUAUGUUCGCGUGCUUUUUCCUGCAAAAUAGUCCUUCAUUAUAAAUAAUAUGAAGAAAAAUAACAUGCAAAUUGUCAGAGGUUGAAUUCGAACACUUGUUCUAUAUGGCCAAAGCAAAAAAUAAUGAAGAAUCAAGUUAUCUCAAUGAAUGCAAGAUUUCCAUUAAGAUCAGAGA